AUGUCUUCUGCCGGCCACGCAUCCUCCAACGUGCUCAUCGAUAAGUUCGAUAGGGACAACUAUUCGACCUGGAGUCGAUAUAUGCGUGGCGUGUUCCUGACAAAGUCAGUGUGGCAUGCUGUCAGCCAGGAGAGCUCCCCGACGUUUGUGGACCCUCGAGCGCAGGACGACUACGUCAAGACCAACAACAUCGCGUUUGGAAAGAUGUUGCUGCACAUGGGCGCGGACUACCACCAUGUGGUUGACAACUGCGAGGAAGCGUGGGUUGCGUGGCAAAGCCUGAAGGUGCUGUACGGUAGAUCCCAGAAAGCGGGAAGGAUCUACCUCAAGCGUCAACUCUUCAGCAUGAAGAUGGAUGAAAGCGCCAACGUCUUGCAUCACUGCAACGAGGUCCUGAACAUCGCCACCAAGCUUAGCAGCAUCGGUGCGAAGAUGGAGGACGAGAACGUCGCAAUUUGCCUGCUGCUCAGCCUCCCUAAGAGUUUUGAGAACGUUGUUCUUAACUUGGAGAUGAGCAGCGCGGAGCUUCGUACCCAAGAUGUGGUGAAGGUGAUCACGAAUGAGCACACCAAGCGCCAAGGGGAGAAGACGACAACAACAGCGAUGAUGGUCAAGACUGAAGAUGCAGCCAAGGCCUUCAACACUGAGCGCGAGCCAUUCGAGUGCACCUACUGUGGGAAGGUGGGACACACCGUCGAUCACUGUUGGACCAAGCAGAAGAAUGAAAGUCGAGGAGACCGACGCGGCGGCAAUGGUCGUGGACGCGGGGCAAACAAUGUCCAGUGGGGACAAUAUUGUUGA